CUAUUUGGAGUUCUUGAACUUUACCCACUUCCUUAAUUCAUUCAAAUUCUCAAUUUUUCCCCUAAAAUCAAUUUCCAAUGGAGAGAAACCCAUCAAUAUCAGUGCCUCAGAUACAACCUCCCACCUACGGUAACCUAAUUACUAUCCUUAGCAUUGAUGGAGGAGGAAUUAGAGGGAUUAUUCCGGCCACCAUUCUCGAGUUCCUUGAGUCCCAACUUCAGGAACUGGAUGGUGAGGAGGCAAGACUUGCAGACUACUUUGAUGUGAUUGCAGGGACGAGUACUGGUGGGCUUGUGACUGCCAUGUUAACAGCUCCAGAUGAUAACAAUCGUCCUUUGUUUGCUGCCAAAGAUAUCAAGCCCUUUUACCUUGAGAACUGCCCAAAGAUUUUCCCACAGGAAAGGGGCCCAUUUAGCUCAAUUGCAAAGCUAUUCAAAACAGUGGCAGGACCCAAAUAUGAUGGGACGUAUCUUCAUAAGCUCAUAAAGGAGAAGCUGGGAUCAAAGAGGUUGAGCCAAACCCUAACCUCUAUUGCCAUUCCCACCUUUGAUAUCAAACAACUCCAACCCACCAUUUUCUCUCUCUCUCUCUCUCUCAUCAUGGAAAGAACGCUGUCAAGCUUACAGCCCCCAACAUAUGGAAAACUAAUCACCAUUCUCAGUAUCGAUGGUGGUGGAAUAAGAGGGAUCAUCCCUGGCAUUAUCCUUGGUUUCUUGGAGUCCCAACUGCAGGUUCUGGAUGGUGAGGAUGCAAGACUUGCAGACUAUUUUGAUGUUAUUGCAGGAACUAGUACAGGUGGUUUAGUGACUGCCAUGUUAGCUACACCCAAUGAGAAGAAACGUCCUCUAUUUUCUGCAAAAGAUAUCAAGGACUUCUACAUGGAAAACUGCCCUAAAAUAUUUCCACAAAUGAGCUGCCCAUUUGCUCCUAUUGCAAAGAUGAUCAAAACAAUGACAGGACCAAAAUAUGAUGGCAAGUCUCUUCAUAAUAUUGUCAAAGAAAAACUAGGAACCACACAAUUACAUCAAACGCUUACUAAUGUGGUUAUCCCUACAUUUGACAUCAAACAAAUGCAACCAACCAUCUUCUCCACUUAUGAGGUGAAGAACACACCAUCUUUGGAUGCUUUACUCUCAGACAUCUGCAUCAGUACCUCAGCAGCACCAACUUAUCUUCCUGCCCAUUACUUUAAAACUGUAAAUUCUGAUGGGAGUGAGAGAAGAUUCAACCUCAUUGAUGGUGGUGUAGCUGCUAAUAAUCCGGCUUUGGUGGCUAUGGGUGAAAUAACAAGGGAGGUUCUUAGUGGAAAUCCUGAUUUCUUCCUCAUAAAACCAAUGGAUUAUGCAAGAUUUCUGGUCAUAUCUUUAGGGACUGGUACAGCAAAGACUGAAGAGAAAUAUAAUGCUAAUGAUUCUGCUAAGUGGGGCGUUUUGGGGUGGUUGACCAAUGGUGGCUCAACUCCAUUAGUGGACGUGUUUACUAACUCGAGUGGAGACAUGGUGGACUAUCACAUUUCUGUGGUUUUUAAAGCUCUUAACUGUGAAGAUAACUACAUUCGAAUUCAGGAUGAUACACUUGGAGGGACAGUAUCUUCGGUCGAUGUAGCUACUAAAGAGAACUUGGAGGAUCUAGUGAAAGUUGGAGAAAGUUUGUUAAAGAAACAAGUUUCAAGGGUGAACUUGCAGACGGGUCUCUCUGAACCAGUGAAAGGUCAAGGAACUAAUGAAGAAGCUCUCAUCAAGUUUGCAAAACUACUCUCACAAGAGAAGAGAGAACGAGACAUGAGAUCGCCACACACUCCACAUAACAAAUUGCCUAUUAUAAAAUCCAAAUGAUUUUAAUCUCUGAUG